AUGUCCUCCCCAGUCCUGAAGGCAGGCGCCUCAGGAAAGGUGACAGACUUCAACAAUGGCACCUACCUUGUCAGCUUCACUCUGUUCUGGGAGGGCCGUGUCUCCCUGUCACUCCUGCUCAUCCACCCCAGUGAAGGGGUGUCGGCUCUCUGGAGGGCAAGAAACCAAGGCUAUGAUAAAAUUAUUUUCAAAGGUAAAUUUGUUAAUGGCACAUCCGAAGUCUUCACUGAAUGCAGCCUGACUCCGAACUCUAGCACUGAACUAUGCACAUACCUGUAUGGGAGAGACCAGGAAGUCUUCUACUGUGAGAAGCCUCCACACAUGCCCUGUGAGGCCCUGACCCAUGUGAACACCAAGAACCGAGAAAUUUCUUAUCUUACUGUCAAGGAAAAAAGCCUUUUCCAUAAGUCCAAAGUGGGAAUUGAAAUGAUGAAAGAUCUUAAAAAUAUUGAUGUCUCCCAUUGUAACAAGAGAGAAAAGAGUCUAGAAAAAUGCCAAAUUGGAAUGAAGACUCCGUUCCCUGGUGGAUACACUUUACAAGGAAGGUGGAUAACAACAUUUUGCGACCAGAUUCAGCUGGAUACAAAUAAGACCAAUGGCUGCUUGAAAGGAAAACUCAUUUACCUCCUUGGAGACUCCAUGCUGCGUCAGUGGAUCUACUACUUACCCAGAGUUGUAAAAACACUGAAAUUUUUUGAUCUUCAUGAAACAGGACAUUUUAAGAAACAUUUGCUUCUGGAUGCUGAACAACAUAUUCAAAUUCAAUGGAAAAAACAUGGCUAUCCUUUUGUCACUAAUCAUCUCUACUCUGUGAUAGAUGAAGGUUUUAUCCCUCGAGAAAUUGACCGACUAUUGGGGGAUAAAAACACAGCCAUUGUCAUAACCUUUGGCCAACACUUCAGACCCUUCCCCAUUGACAUUUUCAUUCGCAGGGCCAUCAGUGUUCGAAAAGCUAUUGAGCGACUCUUCCUAAGAAGCCCAGACACUAAAGUGAUCAUUAAGACAGAAAAUAUCAGGGAGAUGCACAUAGAAACAGAGAGGUUUGGAGACUUCCAUGGAUACAUUCAGUAUCUUACCCUGAAUGACAUUUUCAAAGACCUCAACGUGGGUGUCAUUGACGCCUGGACAUGA